AUGGCGCGCGCCAACGACCCGCCCGAGGAGACAACCAAGUAUCUGCAGCCUACACUCGCCAGCAUCACCGAGUCGCUCUCUCUGCUCGGCCUCAGUCCGGAAACGCUCGCCAUGAGUCUCGGCGAGUCAUUGGCCGAGCGCUACUUGGCCACUCUCAAGCCGAAGCAGCCCGAGCGGCCCCUUCUCGGUGGCUGCGGCGCCCCCCGCCGCGCCCUUUACGCCGACCCCGGCCUGCAACUCUUCUCCAACGACUUCAUCGACUACUUGAACCAAAUCGCGUAAAGCGCUGGCGGCGUUAUUGGACUCUUCUAUGUUUCGUGAACUUUAAAAGUGUUGUCUCGACGCAGACUAGGAAUAAUUUCUGUUAAAUUAAGUUGGUAUUAUUGAAAAUAAUUUUAUGUGUCGGUUUAGAUCGUACUAUUGAUUUUAUUUUAAUUUUAUUCUGCACUUUGUUGAUUCGAUGUUGAUUUUUAUCGGAAAUGAUAAGCGAUAGAGUGACGCCAGAAUAUGCAUUUUGUUUUUCGGUUGAUUCUGAAAUCGUGGAGUUCUCCUGUAAGGAGCUCAGGUGAAUUUUAAAUUAUUGAUUACCUUUCUAUUUCAGUGAUACUGAGCCCUAUCUGAUAGGGACGUUCGAGUGGUGUGUUGUUUAGUUCAAUUUAGUUUAUUAGUUAUGUUUUAUUUUAGCAAAAUUUUAAACCUAACUUAAGUGUUAUACGAUAUUUUCGUAGGUUUAUUACGAUCUUUUAUUUCCUCCCACCAAAUGGCACUUUGAUCGUGUAAGGGACUUCUUAAAGUUGCCAUGUUAGGUUAUUUAUCAUAAUUUCAUUUACUUAUUUUCUCACAUAAUUUAAACAAUAAUAAUUGGUAGAGGAUUUUAAUUAUAAGUCAUUGCUGUGUCACCAAUAAUAUAUGAUUAGCUUGUCUAUAUCUAUUACAAUUAUUGUAGGUUACGUAUUGUGGCGUGAACAUGUUACUUUGAUUCGUUUCGUUUUUACAUUAUUCUGUCUCAGUGAUUAGAGGAGCGUGAAGUAAACAUUUCAGUUUUGUAUUUCGGAUUGUGCCAUAUCAAAAGGUGAAAUCUUAGUGCAUUUGUGAAGUUAUUAUUUUGUUGGGGUGUCCACUAAUCACUGAAGGAUGUUUUUUUUUUACUUUUUAUCGUGGACGUUAUUUUUUGUUGAAUUUACCAAAAUUGGGUUCUCCACAGUUUAGGUUAAGGGUUUUCUAUAAUUAUCGUGAAUGUCUAUUUAUUUAUAAGUGGUUAGCGCUUCGUCGUUUAGUGUGAGGUUAAGUGGAGUGCACAUUUACUCAGUAACUGUUUAACGUUAAUGUUCUAGGUAAGUUUUUUAUACAUUUGAUACUUACUCACAAGUGAUUACAAGUGAUAAACUUAGUAACUAGUGCGUGCAUAGUGAUAUAUAAGUGGUGCGGAUAUCUAGGCGAUUUGGAAAGUAAAGUGAUAGGCGAAUCAACGCCGGAGCUAGGCAAUAAUUCUAAAUAAAGACUUGUCGUUUUUAUAGAUGAAAUUUUUUGCAUUAACCUUCUAAAAUCUUAACUGCCAUUUACAUUUUAAACUAAUUAAGAGUUUCAGAACGACCAAGCGUUGCAAUUUUCGUACAUUUGAAAAGAUAAUGGAUGGUAAGGGAGUAAAGUAAUUUUUCAAAUGUAAGAAUGGAUUGCCGGGCGCUCUUUUUUCAUAUUUUGGACUGAUUAGAUUGCUCUUGUCUGUUUUGUAGUUAGUAAUCACCAUGGCCCUUUUAAGUAUUUACUUGCGAGUAGCUA